UCGAACAUUACGGUCUAGUGCACGACGGACUAUGAUGCGCCUUUUCCUUUUAAUUUUCCAGUUUUUUUUCCAUCCGCAGAGGGAAAGUGACCAAUGACGCUAACAUGGGGAAUAUUCUUGUCCGUGUAGUGCUUUGUCGUUAUUUCAUCCUCUAGCGUUCCGCCCGUUAAGUGUUUUUCCGCCGGUGAUUGUGAACUCACGACAAGUGUUUGCUGCUGAAAAACAAAAUAACAAUGACAAGUGUGAAGGUGUUGCCACUGCUUCUACUAGCGCUUUCACUGGUCUCAGCUGGAGCAGCAGACUGUUCGUUUCCUGUUUUUAAUGGCAAAAUUGUCUUAUCAUCGGAAUCCUUACUGAAGAAUAGCUUCCCAGACAAUUCAGAAGCGUUAGUGGAAUGUGCUAAAGGAUAUGAGAGAGAGGAGGGUUUGACUUCCAUCAUCUGCCUGAAUGGGAUGUGGAGUCAAGUGAAAUUAAUCUGCAAAAAAAUAGACUGCGGAGAACCUAAACCUUCACUGCAUAUGAGUUAUGACACCUCAGAAGGAACAUUGUUUGGUGCCUACAUAAAAACCAUAUGUGAGAAGGGAUAUGAUCUGGAAGGAUCAAGCUACAGGCAAUGUCUUGUUUCUGGCUGGAGUGGAAAGGCUGAAUGUAUAUUGACAACAUGCGAAGUGCCAGAUGCAAUUGAACAUGGCAAGAUGAUUGUGCCCAGAGUCAUACCGGAGUUUAAUGAUGUCAUUACAUUUUCCUGCGAUGAUAACUACAUCCUUGUUGGAAACAGCACCAUUACAUGUGGUGAAUACGGGGAUUAUAGUUCACCACCUCCUACAUGCAUAGCCAUCACAACACCAAUAGAAGAAAGCACUACCACAGACAAAGCCACAACAACAGACAUGACUACAGCCUCCACCCGCUCACAUGUCAUAACAACACAAACAGAAGCAAGCACUACCACAGACAAAGCCACAACAACAGACAUGACUACAGCCUCCACCCGCUCACAUGUCAUUACAACACCAACAGAAGCAAGCACUACCACAGACAAAGCUACAACAACAGACAUGACUACAGCCUCCACCCGCUCACAUGAGGGACUAAUAGAAGGGCACACCACUGACUUCAACAAUGAUCUUGUGGGUUUUGUAGCUCCCUUGACGAUGAAAGCUUCCUUAGCUACCACGCUGAUUAUAACUGUCUUGCUGAUUAUAGCGUUGUGUGUUUUUUUGGUAUAUCGUCAAUUAAAAUAUAAAGGUUCAUACAAUACUGGUGAAGAUCUGCCGACAAAAGAAGAGUUAUUGCUAUAUCAAAGUGUUUAAACACAAGGGCAAACAAUCGGACGGCUCCUUUGCUUUAGCAUUAUUGCUGCACACGGAUUCAUUGGAAGUUUAACAUUUUGGACUUUGUUCUAUUUUAUAAAUUAGAUAUUGUAUUUAUUUAUAACUGCUACAAAAUGUUUUGCUUUUUAGAAAUAUAUUAUCUUUGAUUAAAACACAAGGUCAUAUUUUUGUAUAUUUUAAUAAAGUUUUUAUUUAAUUUUAUUCAAUAAAAUAAUAUUUUAUUUUAUUUUA